AUGAUCCCUGUCGUGGUGGCGCUGUGUGGCACUUUCUUGCCCGAGUGGCUCGUGGCUGGCGUGAUGUCCCCGAUACCGUUUCGGGCCUCGCCGUAUCUGUCUCUCGUGUACGGCGUGGCGCUCGUGUACCUUCCGUUCGGGAUCUGCCUAAUCUACAAGGGAUACCUCACUGCGGGCAAGAUUGACAAUUUGGCUCCUCGCAAGCAGUCUGACAUGUUGGCCGCAACAUAUCCUGCGUACGCUCGGUUGAUAGGCGCGGAGAAGAACAUGCAGGAGGGGUUCCCUCUCUUCGCGGCGGCCGUACUUGCUGCACUGCAGGCAGGCGUUGCGAAGGACACUGUGAGCUUGUUUGCGACCGCAUGGCUUGUAUUCAGAGGGCUGUUCAUUGUUCUCUACGCCAUUCAGUUCAACGCGGCGUUAGCAGCCCUGCGCUCGUUGAGCUUCGGCUUCAGCCUGGCGCUUACGACCAAGCUGAUGUACCUGGCGGCUGCAGCUUAA